AUUCACUCAUCCUUCUUCCCCCAUCUUAUGUUUCUCCUCCCCUUCUCUUCAAUCUCAUCUCCUUCUCCCCAUCUUGUCCCCCCUCCGAUUGUUCAUCAAUCUGAACCCUCAUCGGGUUUAUCCUUCGCUCCUUAAUUUCUUCUCUCUCUUUUUUUCUUGGGAGACUUGACCUUCAUUCCAGCGUUCUCUCGUCCUCCCCUUCCCACACACCCCCUCUCUUCGCUGUUUGCCUAAGGAUUUCAGUCGACCCAGGUGACUGAUCCCCCGACCGCUUUACCCGGAUUGAUUGAGCAAGGAACAAGAAAGAGGCCCGGAAAGGGCUGUCCCACCGCCAUGUCGGGGCGUCACUCAUCCAACCAUUCUCGUUCCUUAUCUUCUUUUUCCUCUGGCUCUCCAUCGCAAUCGCAUUCUUCCACUCCCGAAACCGACUCGAUGCAUCGUCGCUCCGGCUCAGGUCGCUCCUCAAACCCCAAUGUCUUCUCGGAUGAAUACUCGCUGGAACCGAUCGAUUCCGAACAGUCCACCCUGACGCCUGAAGCUCGAAGCCCGUCCAUCUCCUCGAUCGCCUCGUCCAACACGCUCCGAGGGUCGCUGCGCCAGCAAGGGAAACCGUAUGGCACCGUGCCGACCGAUGCGGAAACCACAGAGAACCCGUUCGGGGAUGACGCUCGCCUCUCUGAUGAAGAUGCCACCCGAUCGAGCCUCCCCCAGAAGGGAUACGAUGUGACCAACCGCAACUCCAUCGCCUCCACCAAUACCGCACCGUCUAUGACGCAACGGAGUCAGAGUACUUCGUCUCGCUUUUCGAUGCCUCCCCGGGCCUUGAGCCCCUAUACGGGGGCGACCGGCCCCAGCCAUCCCUACGCCAUGUACCCGCAGGUGGGUGUCAGCCGAUCGCCCAGCGUUACGACAACAUCGACCAUCCGGCCGCCAGAUCGACCGUUGGGAGAUGCGAAUGCACCCCAGCACCCAUACGCCAUGUACCCACAAAAUGUGGUCCCCGAGGAGGGCAUCGAAACCCCGCCGGUCAUCCCGCUGGGAUUCCCCGGUCACACCCAGACCUAUCAACGGCCGUCCGGUCGCGCCGACGAUGAUGUAGGGGACCUUGUGGGGCCCGAUGGCCACCUCGAACAACUACCGCCCUACUCACGCUACCCGGAUGCCGCAGCACCGAAGAUCGAAGGGCAAGUUGAUUCCACGAACGACGCGGGCGUCGUUCCAGAUGAGAAUAGCACCAACGGCCCUACAGCGAUUCCGGUGUCCGAGGUAUCCUCGAGAACCUUGGUGACCGAAACGGCGGCGUUGCAGACGGAGAGCCAACGCCAGAGCCAGUCAUCGGACCGUCCUCCGGCGACCGGCGUAAUGGCUUUCGAAGAGAAACUGAAGAGCAAGGGUAAGAAGAAAGCAUGCUGCGGGCUUCCUGUGUGGACAUUGAUUCUGGUGGGAGUAAUCAUGCUGGUCGGGGCGUGCAUUGGGGGCGUUAUUGGCGGUGUCUUGGGGGCGAAAAAAGCGGCAGAGGAAGAAAACGAGAAGGAUGAUGGACCGAACAUUGUCACCGUGACUACGACCCCCAAAAUGGACGCUACGCCGAUAUCGACGAUCCCCGCGAAUCUGAAAUCGGCACCCACCGGGCAGUAUGUGAUCCCGGCGGUGAAUAACAAUCAAUCGAAGUUUUGCGUCGUCGAGUCUGACUACCGACCGGCCUGGCGAUGCAUGGAGUCGGGCAAAAUCCCCAUUUCCGUCGAGGGCACGGAUACCGACCGCUCGAUUAGCUUUGAGAACGAAGCGUUUUCUCCGUCGUUCACUUACGGUGCCCAGGCGCCGUUAUUCGCUUCCCCCACGCAGUCUCUUCGUCUGGUGAUGGACGGCAGCGAUCUCAGCCUGGGACCCGCCCUGACUUUCUUCGGCUUGUUUGAUAAGUUGGUGAUCCUGCCGCAGGAUACAUUUUCCACUGAUGUGGCCACAAAGCGGUCAGUUUCUGAAAGGGAUGUUAUGGUCAACAGCGUCCAGCGUAGACAGGCGUCCGAAGCUGGAGAUCGGCCAUGGUUUUGUUGGUGGAACAGCACGAUGAUGGAGUUCUUCCUAUAUCUGAACGAAACUUCCCGGGACGCCCAGCAGAGCUCCACGAUGUCGCUGGCCAGCGGCGCCGAGGCCACACCCGUUUCCGACUCCGGCAAAUCGAGGCGGGAUGUCUCGGUGCCCUACUAUCCUCGUCGCAUCAAGAUGUCGGAAAAGCGGGACUACCCUGAGGCACCGUCUCCGUACUGUGAGCAGAUGCAAAUGAUGGACAACGGUUCUCUGUCAUCGGUCUCUGAUACGACGAUCGAGAUUAAGGAGCUUGAACCCACCCCGACGACGACGGUUGGGGGUAUUGGAAGCUCUACACAGACGUACACCGCCAUGGCACAAUAUGAAAGCGUAUGUUAUUGCGCAUCGUUGACCGACUAGGCCGGAAGUUCGCACACGGUCACGAAAGGAAAAGAGAAUAUACAAGAGCAUUCCAUGGGACAGCCUCAUGGAGCCAAGGCGUCGGCGUUUUCCUGGUGGAAGAACUACUCAUGUGCAUACGAAUGAUUUACUGAUUGAUUGAUUAUCUUGCGUGGGAUUCUACGGGCUAUUCUUUUUUGGGUGUGACGGAUCUUCUGAUGCUCCUGCAUUGAGUGGCAUGCAUUUUCUUCAUUUUCAUUUUCUAUUUUCUAUCCCCCCCCCCAACCCCCGAUUUGCUUUCUAUAUUUGCAGUGGCUCGGUUGAUUCAACCUUGCGAUGUGAUUUGUCUCAAAUACCAUCUUUCGAGUCCUGUUUGGCAUGGUUUCGUUGAUAGCAGUUAUGGCGUUUUUUCAGGAAGGUUUGGGUGCAAGAACGGCGACAUUUGGCCAGACAAGACCAUCGUUACUUGAUUGACAUUAUUAUCAUUAUUAUCACUAUUACCUUGGGACAGCAGCCAUCGGUGUUUUGUAUUUUGGAUUGACCAUCUGGGUUUUUUUACAAUUGUUGAUUUAGUAUGGCCGUCCGACCACUUCAUUUAGGAGAGGCGAAUCUAAUCAUUCAACA